AGACACGUCGGUUCGUUCUCCGCGCUCGCGCUGUCAUGCCAGCCUGCGGUGCCAGCCCUACGGGAUGAGCGCUCGACGCUGAAGCCGGGCGCCCUACAGGCGGCGCCAGCGGGAAGGGUCGAAGACCCAGGUCAUAGCGGGCGCUCGAGCCGAGCCGUGGUCGUGUGUAGCGAGAACCGGCCGAGCAUCGCCCCACGAUGCCGGGCUUACGGGUUCGCGUGGCGUCCAAGCGGCGCUGCCAGAUCGGCGAGGGCCCACACUGGGACGAGAAGGCUCAGGCGCUGCUGUACGUGGACUGCUACGCCGGCUGCGUGAGCCGGCUUGACCCCGAGACCCACGAAGACAUCGAUACCAUACACUUCGAGGGCACGAUCCCGUUCGCGAUCCCGCUGGCGAACCACCACCACAAGAUUGUCAUCGGACACAACCACUACGUCAAAUUGACGGACAUGAAGAAGCGUCACGAGGAGUUGAUCGCCAUGGUAGAGACCGAGAACGCGGGCACCCGGCUCAACGACGCCAAGUGUGACGCCGCCGGGCGACUCUGGACGGGCACCAUGGCCAUCGACAAGAAGCCGAUGAACGUGGAACCGGAGCAAGGUUCCAUGUACAGCAUCGAGAAGAAGCACAUUCGUAAGCAUAUCGAGCGCAUCACGCUGCCCAAUGGCAUCGCCUGGACGGCCGACAACAAAAAGAUGUUCUUCGUCGACUCGGUGCCCGGCAAGCUGUACGUCUACGACUUCGACCUUGCGAAGGGAGACAUCAGCAACCAGAAGGUGGUGGCAGACUUCAACAAUCCAAAUUUCGCCGAGCUCGCGUACCCGGACGGAAUCACGAUCGACCAGACGGACAAGCUUUGGGUCGCCUGCUACAACGGCGGUCACGUGGUCAAGAUCGACCCCGUCACCGGCACCUUGGUGCAGAAGGUGAAGAUACCCACGCAGCUCGUGACUUCGCUGUGCUUUGGCGGCCCGCGCUACGAGGACCUCUUCGUCACUUCGGGCUUCAUUGGACUCAGCCGCGACCAGCUACAGAGUCAGCCUGAUGCAGGCGCCAUCUUCAAGAUAUCCGGCAUACCGGGAACCAAGGGCCUACCGCCCAACUGCUUCGCGAUGUAACGUUACGCGCUGCCCUUGCAGAAUUCCACAGUGAGCGCUAACGACGACAAGAAUAAAAAUAUUGUACGGCACUUA